AUGACGACAUUUGAAUCCCAUCCUGAUUUUACUCUCUUUCCCUUCCAUUCCCAAUCGAAGAUGAUGGCCGUCGAAGCUGCCAGGUCUAAGCAACCUUCAUAUUUCGAUCCCAUGGCUAUGGAUCCUUCCAUGUUCUCUUUCCCCGUGGAAAACCUCCCCCACUACGCUCAGAGCCACGAUAUGUCCCGUGCUUGCAAUUCCUACUACAAUACCCAGAUGUUCGAGGGCGCAGACCUCCAAAAGUCUACCUAUUUCUCUUCUAUGCCCGCCACACCCCCUUCGGUUCCCAACUCCCACUGCGCCGAGCCUUGUAUUCCUGUCAGCUCUUCUGCAUCGGGCCCGUCAAUUGCUAGUGCAUCCUCCUCUGCCAUGGGGUCUCCAUACUCUGGAACCGCUCAUGCGUUCCAGGAGAAUUGGGUAAACACAAACCAUGGACUGGGUCUGCCGGUGGCGGUAAUGAGUGACCUUUUCCCUCAAGAGUACAUGGCAAACACAGCAGAGGUAGACAUGAUCUACCAGGAGAAGUUUCCUGACUCGUUUGUUGAUCCUUCGUUGAUCCAACCGGCGCAGCAAAGCUCCAGCAUUACCCCGACUAUCGCAUAUCCCGAACAACCAACUUCAUCCUACUCAAAUAUGCCACCAAACUACUUCCCCCACUCUCCUGCCGCAUCACCCCUUCCUUACAAUGACAUUGUAGAGCACCACCCUUCGCCACGCUCACACCCAGCACAGCACGUUGGGCAGUCUCCUCUCGCAAUCCCUCACCACCCUCAUUCCCGCCCAGUUUCAAUCUAUGAUCGACGAUCAUCUAUCUCCUCAAUUCACUCCCGGCGCUCGCAACACAGUCCAGCACUGAGCAGCAUCGAACCAGACGAAGAAAUCAAAGAAAAAGGGCGCUGUCCCCACCCCGAUUGUGGCCGCGCGUUCAAAGAUUUGAAAGCUCACAUGUUGACUCACCAGUCAGAACGGCCAGAAAAAUGUCCAAUUCUGACUUGCGAGUACCACAUCAAGGGUUUCGCCCGCAAAUACGACAAGAACCGCCACACCCUGACCCACUACAAAGGAACCAUGGUGUGCGGCUUCUGCCCAGGAUCCGGCUCCCCCGCAGAGAAGAGCUUCAACCGCGCGGACGUCUUCAAGCGACACCUCACAUCCGUCCACGGCGUGGAACAAACACCACCGAACUGCCGAAAGCGCAGCCCCGGCGCGCCUAAGAAGGGCGGCAACUACAGCCCUGACGCAACCGGCAAGUGCUCAACUUGCUCAGCCACCUUCAGCAACGCACAGGACUUCUAUGAGCAUCUGGAUGACUGUGUCCUCCGCGUUGUGCAACAAGAAGAGCCCUCGGAAGCAAUCAACCAGCAGCGUUUGGCCGAGGUUGCCUCGGACGAGGAGGUUCAAAAGACCAUGGAGAGGCACCAACUACACGACGUGGCCGGUCCCGUCGAUCAAUUUGAUGAUUACGAAGACCAAGACGAAGAUGAUUCCCUCGAUCCCUCCCACUGGCGCGGUCUGAAGACCAAAUCCAAAUUUUCCAAGGGCGUUCCUGCCUCCCGCCCCAUCCUCGGCUCUGGCAAUGCCAUCUCCAAAAACUCCAAAGCACCUCGUACCGUCGCGACCCGUCGCCGCAACAACCGUGGCAACUACCCCCAGUCCUGGGGCUGCCCCAGCAGCACCAUGAAGACCAAGAAGCGCGUGCUCUGCGUCUUCGAUGGCCAGCGCCGCCUGUGGAAAGACGAGAUGAUGCUGAACAACGAGUUCGAGGUCCGUCUGAGACUCCCCGGCGGUGCAGGUGAUGGCACCAACCGCGACGCAUACGUUACCGACCUAGAUGUUGAGACCCUGAAGCGCGCUGAAGGUGUCUUGAACGCCAGCGAGGACGAGCGUGGGCCUUGGUUGAACGGUCCUUUGCCUCACAUUAUGGGCCAGCCAGCGAUGCUAUUGCCGGAAUUGUGCCAAUCGCACGACGAUGAGAUUUCGAUCAAUGAAUUAAUGGCUUGA